AUGGACAUGAGUCGAAAAUUCUACCCAACACAAAAUAUUCGAGUAGAUAUGAUACAUAUUCCAGAGAGAUUGACAUUCUCGAGUUUCGAGUAUUCAUUCGAAGCAGAAAGUCGAGCUCGUGAACAAUUUGAUAAACAAAAUGAAACAAUUACACUGGAUUCAACGACGACAACGUCUUCUGGAGGGGGACCGACAUCUUCUAAUCAUUCAGAUGUGAAAACAUCGGAGUCGAGAGGUAGUGUGGCACAUGAUGUGUUGUCACAGAAUGUUCUCGUCCCAUGCCCUGUUAAUUCAACACCAUCAUUCCGGUCAUCAACUAAACCCACAAAUACUCCGAAUAGUUCUUCAAUGCCUCACUCGUUACAUGAAUUCGAAUCAACGAAAAAUGUUUUCGAUGACAUGCAAAUUUUAGCGUUGGAUGAUAAAAAAGCGUUGCAAGAGGUUCUGAUGCUAUCAAACUCCUGGAAUUCUCAACCUCCACAAUCCACGUCAUCAUCUCCAUCAUUCAAUCAACAGCCCAAUAACAACAAUAAUCAUGUGAAAACAGCUGAAAUGAAUCAAGAAAAAAUCGGAAAAACGCAGCACGAAGAACUCAAGAAGAGGCUGUUAACGAAAGGGUAUCGAGUUGAUUUGGUGGAUAAGUCGUUGAAUUUAUUGCCGAAAAGUCGAUUAGUUCAUAUCGAAUAUUACAUGAAAGCGUGUCGAACAAUUGAAAAAACGGGACGGAGCACUGUUGAUGAAUCGCUGCCGUUUUUGAUUCAGUGUGAUUUGAGUGACAAAAUGACGGUGCUGUCCUAUUCGGAUGUAUGUGCGAACCUUCUGAAAAUGGGAUUCCCACGAGAUCAGACAUUUGAAGCAGUGGCUGUGGAGAAAGGAGAUCAAGAUAGAGCAUUGUCAAGGCUUUUACCGGCAUAA